AAUAUUCCUAAUCCCAUCAUCCGUGUACGAAAUUUACUGUAUUUUUUUGUAUAAUGAUCAUUUAAAUUACUUGAAUAUAAAACUGUUAAUUUUCUACCGUACAUUACAUAAAAUUUAUAGGCAAUCAUACGUGCUAUGUUAUUUAAUACGUUAUUAAUAAUAUGUACAAUAAUAUGUAAUAUAUAUAUAACUACAUAUAUACAACAUUAAUAUUUAUCAUAACCAAGAAGUACAGAAGUAGGAUUGAAAUUACUGUAUAAAGUUAUCAAUUUUACUUAAAUCAUGUCAAAUAUACAGCAAUUGCCGGAGUUACAAGUCUUCAAAACAGUAUUAUUUCAUUGCUUGAUAAUAAUAGCCUUACCUGUUUUAUCCUUCUUUACUAGCAAGAUUUUUAUAUUUGAUGGUUUAUUGAGACUAAGUCAUGUGCCAAGCAAUGUAUACUCAGCUGGAGUUGCAAUUAUUGUAUUACACGUGGCCCUGGGAGCCUUUAUAUACCGUGCAUAUUUCGAUGAUCAGUCGAAGACACAAACGAAGCGAGAUUAACCCUUUGUUUGUGUUGCACACAU